ACAUUUUGCAAUACUUAUUUUGAAGUUCAUAGUAUCAUGUUUACGAUUCGCAAAUCAACUUGAAUUGCACUUGGAUCUCGUUUGUUUUGUUCUAUUUUUUCUUAUUUUUUCGGUUUUGCAUUUCCCUGAUGUGAGCAUUUGAUUUUAGAUUCAGGAAACGAAUUUCUCAUUGAAAUAUUUCCGCCGUGAUGGAUGAUCAGCGAUACAAUUCACCAAAAGGUAGAAAGCCACUUCGUACAUCACCCCGAAAAUCGCCGGUUAACUCCUUAUAUCAACCUGAAUGUUACCACCCUAGCAAUGAAUCAUAUGAUUAUUCUGAGGAAUCUGACGGCGAAAUCUCUCAUGAAUAUUCCAGCAAAAAUAUAUCGCUCAAUUCAACCAGAAGUGCCAAUCGAACGAAUGACUCCACUGAUUAUACGUAUCUACGGAGACAGCUACACGAUUACAGUAGUGAAUUGAAUAAACACAGUCCAGCCAGCUUCAGAGAUGAAUUGAAUAAGCACACUGCCGUGAAAAAAAUAGAAAUCAGUCGCACCGCAGCAAAUGAUCAAGAAUCCAGUUUUAAUAUCUAUUUCGUGGUUGCGAUCGUUGCAGCUUUAGUUGGUGCAUCGGUAUUCUUUUUGUAUCCGGCGAAGUCAUUGCCAACCAAGGUUGAAUGUCCACAAUUCAGAGAAUUGAGCGAACACUACAAAAAUCAAGAUAUUUCGUUGUGGAAAUCGCUCAAGAAGAAUAUUGAGAAUGUGGUGAAUCAGACGCCGGCCCAGCCAAGUGUAUUUUUAUUGGUCCACCACGAUGCCGAAAUGAGUGAACGUAUGAUGGCAAACAUUUUAAAUGCGACCGCAUAUUGCAUGAAUUCACGAAAUCCAAUCAAAUCACGAGAUCCAAUCAAAUUAGACGGCAGUUCAUUUGCUACGGAAGUAAUGCUACAGGAUUACGGAGAGAUUAUAGCAGCGUAUCGACAGCGUCUUGAACGUGAAGGCAUUAUGUAUGUAUCGGAUGUGCAAAAGGUACCAUCGAAAGCGGCACAAGCGUUUCAUACGAUCUGCGACACUGUGACACCGUUGGUCGAACGAUCUGUCAUCUUUUUCACCAUGUAUAUGGAUCAAUACAUUGGGAACAUGUCACCGCAGGAGGUUCAUCAUCUGGUCGAAACACAGCUCGAGAAUAACUGGAUGGAUAUCAAUCAUGACACACUUAACGCUCUCAUUGGCCGCAUCACGGAUCAAGUUUUUUUGUUACAUUCAGAGAAUGAUGUUCUCUAGUUCAAUCGAAACUGCUAAUAACUUCUUUUUUUAUAUAUUCGUAGACAACUAAAUAAAUUCGAAACUUGUUUCAAACAUUCGUGAUUUAAA